AUACAACCCAGAAACUUGUAGUCCGAAACGCGGAACGUCACGCCUUCGAUCUUUUUGCAGUUGUACGAUUAUUCACUUAUUUGGCUGGCUAUGUGAUAUUUAUUUAGAUAACGUAUCACAUAACGUAUGAUGUCUCCGAGAUUUGCAGCGGUGAGAGAAUGUCGCUGGUGAAUGCUGAUCUGGAAUAUGAAGCACUGACCGAGUGCAAGUACUGCUACCCCGCAGAGGUAGUGACCGACGUCAGAAGCGUGACGACAGCCUAUAAGGACCUGCGCCUCUACGUGGACUUUUACUGUUUUACCAAUGGGGACAAAAAGAAGUUGGUGAAUUUGAGUGGCACUAUUCCUGUCUUGUAUGAAGGUAAUGUAUACAACAUCCCAGUGUGCAUUUGGCUCCACGACACGCACCCCCAGAGCCCCCCAAAGUGCUUUGUGCGCCCUUCGGUCGCCAUGGUGAUCAACACCAAAUGCAGCUGUGUGGAUGCCAGUGGUCAUGUGAUCCUGCACUGCUUGAGCAACUGGCAACAAGGAUGGUCGAACCUGGCAAUUGUUGUGGAGGAGAUGAGGGCAGCGUUCCAGCGGGAAACGCCCCUCUAUGCCACGCACCCACACACAGUGCAGACCCCGCCUCCAGCACAGCACUCGCAGUCCCCCCUCCUACCAGGUAACCGCAUGCCCACAAGGUUUCCUGACCCCUACAGACAGUAUUUCCCUGAUGCCAGCCUGCCAUACCCGAGAAGUCCCUCUAUUCCACACAUGGCUGCCUUGAGUUCCAGAACAUCCCCAGUUUUACCGGUACAAACACCCAGCAUAAAGACCCCGCCUGCCAACGCCAGGCAAACUCACUCGGACCUAGCUACCGAAACCAGGGUGAGGAAAUCCUACACGGAGGAGCUCCUGGAUUUGGGGAUCACCUUCGGGGAGAGCAGCAGCCAGACCCCAUCCUCCUCCAACCCCUUCACACAGAGCAGUCCUGCGCCAACAACCACUUCCUCCGAUGUGGCAGACAUAGACGACCUCUUCAAAAGCCUGCAGCUCGAUAAGGUUGUCAACAUUUACCAGCUACCCACUGCCAACUCCAGUGCUAAAGGUAUCCCCAGCCCCAUGGGGGACAGUACGGGGGGAGGGGCGCCUCUCUCUGGCGAGGGGGGCCUGGCGGACAACAGCCAGACGAUCGAGGUGAACCGGCUUCCUCCGGGGCUGCCCCCCGCGAGGAUGAGGAACAAACUCACCGUUUACUUCCAGCGCCGGCAGAACGGGGGCGGGGAGGUCCUGGACGUGCAGUACCCCGCGGCUCUGCCCGACCAGGCCCACGUCACCUUCCUUGACCCCAAAGGUACCGCAGCAUGGGACCAAUCAGAGGAUGCCAAGCGUGUCCUCAGUCAAGAGGAGCGUGUUAUUACAGUGAAUAAGCAGCACUUCCCAGUCAGGGUGAAGAGAAUUGAGAGGGUCCAGGUUCCAGUUCCAGAUGGCUUCCCGCAGGACAAGGCGGACAUGUUCCGGAGCCUUCUCUCCUGGGAGGGGCGGAGCUUUGCCCCGGAGGAGGUGCUGGAGGCGGUGCAGUCCUGCCGGGACCUCCCCUCCGCCUUGCGAUACCUUUCUCAUGAGUGCCCCAUCUGCCGGGAGCAGGUGUCCUUCAGCAAGAUCAUCACCAUGACCCACUGCUCUUGCGCUUUCUGCGAGAGCUGCUUCAAGGCCUACUUCUCCUCCGUCAUCAAAGAAAGGAGCAUCACGAGGGUGGUGUGCCCCAUCUGCAACCGGCCGGACAUCCACCGCCCCGGGUGCAUGGAGGAGGCCAUGGACUACUUCAACCUGCUCGACACACAGAUCAGGCACUACCUGGACCCUCAGACUCAUGAGCUCUUCCAGAGGAAGCUGAGAGACCGCGCCCUGCAGGAAAUGCCAAACUUCCGCUGGUGUGCUCAUUGCUCAUUUGGCCUCCUCCAUGAAGCAGACAGGCUGAGGAUGGACUGCCCUACCUGUGGAAAAAGCACCUGCUCUAACUGCAAGAGUCCUUGGCUGUCCCAGCAUGAGGGCAUCUCCUGUGAUAAGUUCAGGAUGUGGCAGGCCCAGAACAACCCAGAGUACCAGGCUGCACGCCUAGAGAACCUGCUUAGCAGGAAUAAGAUAGACUGUCCAAAGUGCAAGUUCCGCUUCUACCUCUCCAAGGGGGGCUGUCUGCACUUCAGGUGCACACAGUGUCAGUAUGAGUUCUGUGGAGGCUGCAAGAAGCCCUUCCGGAUGGGAUCUGCCUGCGGUUUCUCCGCGGAGUGCGGGAUGAAGGGUCUGCAUGCUCACCACCCCAGGGACUGUUUGUACCACCUCAGGGACUGGAGUGUACCCAGACUGCAGCAGCUGCUCCAGCUCCACACAGUCUCCUUCACACUCCAGCCCAGAGGCACAGCCAGAGGCGGCACAGAGGAGAGAGGUCUAUGUGGGGUGUUAGAGCAACAUGAAGUGGGCAGUCAGAAGGAGGAGCCCUGUGGUAGACCAGCUCCCACAGAGUACAGUGGAUACUGCGAGCAACACUACAAGGAGUGCCUGGUGGAGCUUAUAAACCAGAACCGCCUAGACCCGGUGGUGCUGUUCAGCAAGGCGGAGAUGGUGGCAGAGCUGCAGAGAUGGAGGAUCCCCGUCCCACAGUCACAGCCACAAGAGCCCGAGGCUCUGUGCCUGCAACGCCUCAGACAGGCUGUGAGACAGAUCAGGCUGUCGACACAGCCCACCCUGGUGGAGAAGACAGGAAUUGCGCCCUCUGCGUCUUUCCCUUCCGUGGGGAUCCCCUGGUCCAGAGCACAGGGUAACCCCGCUCGGGAGCUGCCCCAGGACUCCCAACUGCUGCUGCUCCUCAACGACUAAAAGCCAGGAGAGACCCCUAGACGGCCACACCCACCCCAAAGCUGGCCCCGUCACCACGCCACCACUCUGUGAGCGGCGGGAAACUGGCCCUCUGCUCCCAGGUUACCUUUACGGGGGACAUCGUCCGAUCAGCACAAGGGACUAGAGUUCUCACACUUCCCCGUGGUCUUUGUCCAAUUGGAUCAACGCAUGGCAGAAACUCGUUAGUUCCAACAGAACAUUGGAGCUGAUUGUGGAAUUUAUUUUCUCUGUUCAAUGCAUUACUUGAUUUUUGUUCAGUUAAACUUCAGGAAUUAAGUUCAGGAAUACUGAAAUGGUGUCAGAAGUACAGUGCUCUCUGCUUAUAGGAUAUGCAGACAUAAGAAUCAACCACAAUCAUUCCAACACUAAAACUGUUUGUAAACUCAGCUCCUGAGAAAUAAGCAAAGCCACUCAUACGAAUCAGGUCAGGUUGACUUACAACAUGCAUUACGGUACCCAGCGGAGCGCAAUUGUGUAUAAUUAAUGAAAGUUGUUACAGUGUAUCAUCUUGUAUAAGUACCAAAACACCUACAGUAGCAUGUAAGGUAUUUUGAGUAAAACAGUAGGGCAGGUUAGCUAGUACCUGCAUGCAAGCUGAAAUGGCAGGAAUAAGAAAGGAACUUUCUACAGAUGAAAAACACUGUGUUUUUCAGACACAGGAUUUUGAAUCUUCAAAGCCAAUGAAUGAAAUGCAGCUGAGACCAUGCCCCAGUAGAGUCAUGACUCUGUGAAGAACUAAGGAGGCGUCACAUGAAAAAGAACGCAAACAGGCAGAGCACCACAGUGCCACAUCCCCUUGUUUUGGGAUACACAAAAAUACUGGUUUUAAUCAAAGUUAGUUGGUUACGGAUGCUCAGGCAGCACCAGCAGUUCAGAUGGUGCAGUUCAAAUAAGAGGACUUGUUUGUUAACAAAGGAUUGUUCAAAACUGCUUCAAAGUUUUAUGUGUUUGAAGAACCUAGCUCAAGACAGUUCUAUGCAAAGAGAAUAGGAUUCUUUAAAAGGAAGGUAAAUGUCAGUUUUACCCCAUCGUUAAUAUCUCUGCUUUUCAUGAGUCAACCACUCAUAAGCAUCAAAUCAUACAGGACAAAUGUGAUUCUUCUAAACAGAAUGCACUGUAUUGACAUAAACCCAGAAUGCAGAGCUCUCGGGAUUAGUCAUUCUGAGCUUAAAUGUGAAACUUUUGCUACUUUUACUUAUGAUCAUUCUGAGAGAGGGAGCUUUAAACAGACUGUGCAGCACAAGAGGCCACAACUGAGUACCAAUGAGUUGUGCUGAGAGCACUCCUCUGUUGAGAUUGAAGGAAAUUGAAGGAGAUUUAUGGAAAGCUUCAACAUUAAGACAGUGUUCCAAAUCAAAGAUGCUGUCACAAGUACUUCACUUCUCUGAAAUCAAAGGCUAAAUUCAUCUCACUCAAUGUCACCCAACUCCAGCAUUCUUGGUAUAUACUCUGCUCUGGUUCAGUAUUUUGGUCAGGGCCUAACAAUAAGAUCUGUGUACAACAGAUCUCAGAUCAGCUUGUCCACCCCCAAUCCUAACAGUAACCAUUUGGUGCGUUUGACAAAACAUUUGACGUAAUGUUUGACAAAAAUGUUUUCCGUUAAUUCUUAUUAAUUCACAUGCAGGGAUGUUUACAGAAUGUACUGAGAGUAGCAUUUUCUUCUGCAUAAAUAUUAAUUGCUAAUAAUCCCCCAGGAUUCAAACGUUGAAAUGUGCAAAUGUAAUGAGCUGCAAAUGCAAUUCCAUUAACAUCACAUGCAGUUCAUCAUUAGGAUGGGCUAAGUUUGUUCUACACUGACCAGCAGGACUGUCUGAUGGUACAAGAUGCAUUUUAAACAAGUGCGUUGAAUACUGUGAUGGUCUACUGCAACCAAUAACUUAGAUAACCAAUGCUGUUACGUUCGAGGUGCACUUUGUAUUAAUGACAGAAAGAUACAUUUAUAUUUUUAACAAACACUUGUCUUUGUCUGAAUU